GUCAUGUAACAAAUUACAUAUUGAAAAUUAAAAAGUUUAAUGACUUCUCCAUUAUUGCCUUUUCCAUUGAGGCUGGGAAAAACAAAACAAUAUUGACAAUUUUGUUCAAUAAUGAGGCAUAUCAUUCAGCUACAACAUCUCUGGCAGUGUUAGACAACAUCCUCUUCAUGUCACUCUCUGGCCCCAGUGCUUCCAUUAAAGUCUCCAACAAGCCUCAGCCUCUCCCUCUUUAUAUUUCUCAUGAAGUGCCUACAGAUGGAAGCCGUAUAGUAUUACAUUUGGCUUUUGGCAUGGCUGUUGUAGUCGCUAGCUUUGGCCUCCAGACAGUGACUGAGAGAAUCACUAAGGCCAAGCACAUCCAGUUUGUGAGUGGGGUCUAUGUCCUUACCUACUGGCUUUCUGCUCUCCUGUGGGAUCUCAUCUACUACUUCAUUUCCUGCUGCCUACUGCUGGGAGUGUUCAAGUACUGCGAACUGCGUGCAUUUGUGGAAGACUACAACUUUCUGGACACAAUGCUGAUCUUUAUGCUGUAUGGUUGGUCUGCUGUUCCUCUCAUGUACCUGGGAAGCUACCUGUUUUCUAGUAGUACUGCUGCCUACAUCAAACUCACCCUCUUUAACUACUUUUCAACUGUGGUCAGCAUCGUCAUUGAUUCCAUAAUACAGGUCAUUGGCAAUGAAAUUUCUGACUUCACUAAAGUCUUCAUAAGUAAUGUGUUAGUGAUGCUUCCCAGUUACAACUUUGCAAUGAGUGUCAGCAAAUUCCUUGAUGACUAUGAAGUAAGAAGACUGUGUACCCAAGAAAUUCAAAACAUCUAUGUGGACUGCAGGAAAAAAUUGACUAAGAACAGUGUCUAUAAUUUUGGAGAGAAUGGGAUUGCAAAAUUUUUGAUUUCGUUGGCUGUCCUGGGCUUAUUUUAUCUCCUCUUGCUUUUUUGUCUGGAGACUACAUCCUGGAGAUUGCAAAACUUUCUCUUUCAAAAAAUUGUGUCUAAGGUGUACAACAUAUUCAUGAAAGGCAAGAAGGCUAAAGAGUCCAUGCAUGUAAGCAACGAAUAUGUGGAUGAAAAUGUAGAAAAUGAAAGAAAGAAAGUCUUGGCACAGUCUCCUAAAUUGAAGAAUAGCCCACUGCUUCUCAAAGAACUUGUGAAGACUUAUUAUAAGUGUCGAGUUGUAAAUGCUGUAAGAAAUGUUUCCCUUGUCGUAAAAAAUUCUGAAUGCUUUGGAUUAUUUGGAUUAAGUGGAGCCGGAAAAACCACUAUAUUGAAAAUGUUAACUGGAGAUGAGACCAUAAGCUCUGGAGUUGUAUUAAUUGAUGGCAUUAGCCUCAUUGAAAAUAUCAGAAAGGUUAGGUCAAGAAUUGGCUAUUGUCCUCAAUCUAACCCUUUGCUUAACCACCUGACGGGCCGGGAAUUGCUGAUCAUGUAUGCCAGGCUGCAGGGGGUCCCUGAGCCAAAUAUCUGCAAGUAUGUAGAAAUCUUUUUGCUUUCAAUGCACCUAGAAAACCAUGCUGACAAGCUUGUCUACACAUACAGUAAAGAAAACAAACGUAAAUUGAGUACUGUCAUUGCCCUAAUGGGAAAGUCCUCAGUUGUCUUCCUGGAUGAGCCGUCCUCUGGCAUGGACCCCAUUGCCAGGCGCCUGCUCUGGGACACAGUAACAUGGAUGUGUAAAGCUGGCAAGGCUAUCAUCAUAACCUCCCACAGCAUGGGAGAAUGUGAGACCCUUUGUUCCAGGCUGGCAAUCAUGGUAAAUGGGAAGUUCAAGUGCCUCGACAGACCUCAGCAACUCAAGAACAAGUUUAGUGAUCUAUACACUCUGACAGUAAAGAUUAAGAUUGAUAAGAAUGAAAAUAAGCAAAAGGAGUUCAAAGAAUUCAUUGCAACAACAUUCCCAGGUAACAUUGUAAACCAGGAGUAUCGAGGAAUUAUUUACUACCACAUUCCCAGAAAUGAAAUCUGCUGGGGAAAGGUGUUUAAUAUUUUGGAAGAAGCUAAAGUGCUAUUCAAUUUAGAAGACUAUUCUAUCAGACAGAUAACACUGGAACAAGUCUUCCUGGCCAUUGCUAAUGUUGAUAAAAUGGAAAGUGAUCAAGGAGUAAAGCUGCUAUAAAAUUCAUUUCCAAUAAGUGACCUUUAUGUAUUUCUUAAACUGCUGCCUGCAACUAAGUGCAUAGAAGUUUCAUGAUUAACGGCCUUCAGUUUCCAGUAAGCCGCCUCACUCAGAUUUCAGUGGACCGCCUGCACCCGGCCCCCACCUGCACCUGGUCCCCACCUGCACCCAGCCCCCACCUACAC